GAGAGAGAGAGAGAGAGAGAGAAUGGCAUAAGGGGAAAGGAAGAAGAAGAACUGUCGCUUUUGUUAACCCCAGUGCAUUAAUAUUUCUUCAUUUUAAUUAUUAUUAUUAUUACUUUACAAAGCAAAAAGAAAGCAAAGUAUUGCGAAAUCUCCACCUUCGUGUUUACACACACACACCCAGAGAGAGAGAGAGAGAGAGAGAGAGAGAGAUUGAUUACAUAUUCAUCGUUUUUGAUAUCAUUCAUUCAUUCCUUUUCAUUUAUAUAGCAAAUGAGUUGAAUUACAACAAACGUAAUCAUUCAAGCUCGAAUCUUGUGAAGAUGAUUUCCACAUUCUGUUAAUGCCGUUCGUUCGAUCUCUUCUCCGAUUUACCUUUUCAUCUCUCUUAAUCCAUCCAUAAAAUAGGUGAAUUAUGAGUUAGGGAUGAUGAUGGAUGCAAAUUGUGAUAUAGAAAUGUUUUAAUUGCUCUACGAGAGAUUAAUGGGAGAAGGAUCUCUUUGUCGGGAUUUUGAGGCUUUAAGUUUGUCUCGACGUCUUCUCAGAAGUUUUAGCCAGAAGUUCAAAAAAAAGAACCACAGCGUUGAAGGGGAGGAAGAAGAGGAUGAUGCGAGAGGGAUUUCCUUGGGAUGCCUUACUUUGUAUGGUAGGGGUGGUGGUUGCAAGGUAGGAGCUGACACAAGCGAAGAGUUUGGGGAUCCAAGUGGUAGAAGGCGGUCAAGUGCCAGUGAAGAAGGCAAGGGGUACACAGCACUAUGCGGGACUGAGGAUACCACUGUGGAUUGCUUCUCAUAUGGAGUAGAGAAGUUUUGGAGGAGGAAUAACCGGAAGGUUCUCGAACUUGAAGAAUCACAACAGAACAGUAGAAUGCAUGUGUUUCUUCCUGAUGACAUUCUGGAAAUGUGCUUGGUGAGACUCCCAUUGACCAGUCUCAUGAAUGCCCGUCUUGUGUGCAGAAAAUGGAGAAAUCUAACCACAACUCCUCGGUUCAUGCAGAUGAGACGGGAAGGUUUGUAUCAGAGCCCGUGGUUGUUUGUGUUUGGUGUUGUUAAUGAUGGUUAUUGCUCUGGGGAGAUACAUGCACUAGACGUCUCUCUUAAUCAGUGGCAUAGAUUAGAUGCUGAAGUUCUCAAAGGAAGGUUCCUGUUUUCCGUUGCCAGCGUUCUUGAUGAUAUUUACAUUGUUGGAGGUUGUUCGAGCUUGACCAAUUAUGGAAAGUUGGAUAGGAGCUCAUUUAAGACACACAAAGGAGCGCUUGUAUUUAGCCCCAUAACUAGAUCAUGGCAUAAAGUUGCAUCCAUGAAGCAUGCGAGGUCAAAGCCAGUUUUAGGAAUAUGUGAGAUCAGUUCGGAUUGUUUGAUUAUCCGAAACCAGCAAAAUCGUCAAGAGACACGUUUCUCCAAGUCAAGGGUUGGUGGGGCAUCUGAUGUUUAUGAGGAUCCCCAUAGGCUUUCAGUGAGGCGUCAGUUCAGAAGUGCUCUUGACGAGACUGAUGUUUCAUUGCUGCCGAAUGUAAAGCCAUACAAAUUUGUACAAAAAGGUGAUCACUCAAACACAAAAGAUUGUAAAAGGUGUGUGUUGAUUGCUGUUGGAGGGCUUGGAUCCUGGGACGAGCCUUUGGAUUCUGGGGAAAUUUAUGAUCCUGUUUCAAAUAAAUGGAUGGAGAUUCAGAGGCUGCCUGUAGAUUUUGGUGUUGUUUGUUCAGGGGUUGUUUGUAAUGGGAUGUUUUACGUUUUUUCUGAAACUGACAAGCUUGCAGGGUAUGACACAGAAAGGAGUUAUUGGGUUCGAAUUCAAACCUGUCCAUCCCCUCCUCGUGUACAUGAGUACUACCCAAAACUCAUAUCUUGUAAUGGCCGGCUUUUCAUGCUCUCUGUCUCGUGGUGCGAAGGGGAUGGUCAAAUAGGUAGGAGAAACAAGGCCGUUAGAAAGCUGUGGGAGCUAGAUCUCAUGCAUCUUUCUUGGACAGAGAUUUCAACACAUCCUGAUGCUCCAAUGGACUGGAAUGCCGCAUUUAUUUCUGAUAGAAAUCUGAUAUUUGGGGUCGAAAUGUUCAAAAUAUUUGGACAAGUCUUAGACUUCUUGACUAUGUGUGAUGUGUCUGAUGAAAGAAUGACGUGGAGCCAUAUCUCCAGGAAUCACGCAACACAUGAACUGGAUGCUUCUUCCUGCGUGACAAAAUCAAUGGCAGUGCUACAUCUUUAAUGUCACAUCUAUUUGCUCUCAUCUGGAAGCUUUGAACAUGGACGCUGACAUGUGAGACUCCUUCCUGAUCUCAAUCAGUUCGUAAUUUCCUGGUGUGAUAUUUCUUAUUCAGAUUCUUAUCUGGCUAUGCUUCUUUAGCUUUCAUGUAAUUUGUUUGCCCUCAUUGAAGAAAUUGAUCAUUCAUUUAUCAAGGCACUGACUUUGGUAUGCUUGUUUGUUGAGUCAUCCUAUACUUACUGGAAAAUAUUCGUAAGUCAUUGCUCAAA